GUAAACCGUGAUUGACCACACACUCCAGCACAGUAGGUUGCGGCAUGAACAUUUAACGUUGGUUUGCGGACCGCCAUUAUCACUGAAGAAGAAGAACGCUAAGCGGAUGCUUGACAUUUAUACAUUCGGUGAAAUAUCUGUUUCAUUGUUCUAUCUGUGAUGAUACGUUUGGUGAAAGGCUAGCUUAGUGACAGGCGGCUCGGGCUCCGGGACUGCAGCUGGAUGCAUCUCUGAUAAGACUAGAGCUAGGCAGGCAGAUGACAAUGGUUUGAAGACUGGUUCGUUUAUUAUUCAACGUUAAAUACCCAUUCAUUUUACAACGCACCACAACAAUCAAAUUAGCUAACCAUGGCUAACGAGCCAGUGAGUGUGGUGUUCAAGGUGUACUGUCUGUCAGUGAUGACAAUGGUGGCAGCAACUUACACUGUGGUAUUACGAUACACAAGGACAAUAUCAUCAACAGCUAUGUACUUCUCUACAACAGCAGUAUGCGUCACAGAGGUUAUUAAAUUGUUCUUGAGCCUUGGGAUGUUGACCAAAGAAACUGGCAGCUUUGGCAGGUUAAAAGCAUCCAUAGUUGAACAUGUGUUUCAGAGUCCAAAAGAGCUGCUGAAACUGAGUGUUCCCUCUGUGGUCUAUGCGAUUCAGAAUAACAUGGCCUUCAUUGCCCUGAGCAAUCUUGAUGCAGCGGUGUAUCAGGUGACCUAUCAGUUGAAGAUCCCGUGCACAGCCCUGUGCAUGGUCCUAAUGCUGAACCGCUCUCUCAGCCGGCUGCAGUGGUUGUCUGUCUGCAUGCUGUGUGGGGGCGUAGCUUUGGUCCAGUGGAAACCUGCAGAGGCCUCUAAAGUCCAGGUUGAGCAGAACCCUUUUUGGGGGUUUAUGGCCAUUGCUGUCGCUGUAUUCUGCUCUGGAUUUGCAGGUGUGUACUUUGAAAAGGUCCUGAAGAGCUCAGACACAUCCCUAUGGGUGCGGAACAUCCAGAUGUACCUGUCUGGCAUUGUGGUCACCCUCGCUGGUGUUUACAUGACUGAGGGUGCUCAGGUUAUACAGAAAGGCUUCUUCUACGGUUACACGCCAUGGGUGUGCUUUGUAGUAUUUCUGGCUAGUGUGGGUGGUUUGUACACAUCAGUGGUGGUGAAGUACACAGACAAUAUCAUGAAAGGCUUCUCUGCUGCAGCCGCCAUUGUUCUCUCUACUGUGGCAUCUGUCAUUCUGUUUGGGCUACAGAUAACUGUAACCUUUGCCAGUGGAGCAAUGCUGGUGUGUGUCUCCAUAUACCUUUAUGGACUUCCAAAACAAGACACCACCAAGCUUCCAAGAGCAGACAAGGAGGCCAAGCAGAAACUGAUCACUGUUUGAGGCCUGGAAGAACUCAUAUGGCCUUUCCUGACCAUAAGGCCCUCUUUCACACUGCAGACUGUUGCAUACAGAAUAAGAGCGUCGCCAAGGAACUUUAAUAAUAAAGAAUUUAUCAUAGUGAUGCUGGAGCGUAAAUUAAGGGAAGGGAUUUAAAAAUAGACUUAUGCAUCAAUAUUCUGUGGGGAUUGUGGAGCUGAGGCAUAGUAAAAAAUAAAUACAAUUGCGUUUCUGGA